UACGCAUUCUUUUCUCUUAUUUAUAUUUAAUAUUUGGUUUUCUGGAUUUAAGAGUUGUUGUUCUGAAGUGAUUUCCAUCGAAGAAACAGUAUUCUCAAAAGCAUUGAGUGAAACAGACGUGCUAACUAAAAAUCAUAUUUCCGAAAGCAUAAAUAAUCAACAUGGCAAUCAAAUUAUACGGUUUGUCCGAUGGACCACGCACUAUUGCUGUUAUCAUGACCAUGAAAGCCUUGGACAUUCCCUAUGAGCUUAUUAGUACCAGUUGCCGUUUGGGACAACAGAAGACCGAGUCGUUUGCUUUGAUAAAUCCUCAAAAGGAAAUUCCUGCCAUAGACGACAAUGGAUUCUACUUACAGGAAACAAUCGCUAUUAUAAUUUAUUUGUGCAACAAGUACGCUCCUGAUAGCCCCCUUUACCCAAAAGAUCCUGUUGCUCGUGCAAUUGUCAAUCAGAGAUUGUGUUUUAACAUGGGUUAUUAUUUCACGACUAUUGGAAUCUACACAAUGGGAACAAAAUUAUACGAUGCCGAAAGAACUCCCGAACUUCUGAAGAAAGUCGAAAACUCAUUAAAUGUCUUUGAAAUUUAUCUAGAACGUGCAAACACCAAAUAUGCUGCCGGAGAUAAAUUAACGGUUGCUGAUUUUGCUCUAAUCGCAUCUACAUUAUGCCUUGAGUCAGCCAAGUUUGAUCUGUCGGCUUAUCCAUUAAUCAAAAAAUGGUACGAAACAUUCAAACAGGAAUACCCAGAGUUAUGGGAAGUUGGAAAUGUUGGUUUAAUUCAGUUAGACUGGAUCGAAAGAAAUCUUCCAUCACCGAUUUUAAAAUUUGAAUAAGAUAAACGUCUUGAGCAUAGAAUGGUGGAUGAUAUGAAAUAACUCUGUUGGCAUAUACAAAAUAUUCAACAGGCUUUUUGAAUUUUGUAUAAAUAUGUAGAAUAUGUUGUUGUCUGAGAAUAAAAAAACUGUAAGAUCACUGAACUAUCAUUUAUUUUAUAUUAUAGUCAAUUUAAAAUUUUGAAAGCAUUCAAAAGUGUAAACAGUUAUUUGAAAAGGAAACGAACACGUUUUGACAAUAUUCACAUUAAAAUUUAUCUAGAAACUUAAUAUUUUA